GGAGGGGACCAUGGAAGAAAAGCUCCAGGCGCAUCAGGUGGAGAUCGACCCGGAUUUCGAGCCGCAGAGCCGGCCCCGGUCCUGCACUUGGCCUCUCCCCCACCCCGACUUCGCGGCGGAGGAGGAGGAUGGGGGCGCGGCGGGAGGACCCCCGGCGCUGGCGGCCGGCGGCGGGGAGGGAGCCGAGAACGCGGCGGCCCCGGCGGAGCGCAGAACCGCCGCCGCCGCCUCCCUGCCGCCCCCCGGCGCGGACGUCGGGCAGCUCCGCAAGGCCAAGACCUCCCGGAGGAAUGCCUGGGGCAACCUCUCCUACGCCGACCUCAUCACCAAAGCCAUCGAGAGCUCGCCGGAGAAGCGCCUCACCCUCUCGCAGAUCUACGACUGGAUGGUGCGAUACGUCCCCUACUUUAAGGAUAAAGGAGACAGCAACAGCUCCGCCGGCUGGAAGAACUCCAUCCGGCACAACCUCUCCCUGCAUACGCGCUUCAUCCGCGUGCAGAACGAGGGCACCGGCAAGAGCUCCUGGUGGAUGCUGAACCCCGAGGGGGGCAAGACGGGGAAGACGCCCCGCCGGCGGGCAGUCUCGAUGGACAACAAUAGCAAGUUCCUGCGGAUCAAGGGGAAGGCCAGCAAGAAGAAGCAGCUGCAGGUGACGCAGGAGCGCGGGGAGGACAGCCCUUCCUCCCAGCAAGCCAAGUGGUCGGAGAGCCCCGCGUCCCACGCCAGCGACGAGUACGACGCCUGGGCGGACUUCAGGACGCGGGCCAACUCCACGGCCAGCACGCUGAGCGGGCGCCUCUCACCCAUCAUGUCCAACCAUGAGCCGGACGAGCUGGAGGAGGAUGACGGUACCCCCUCCUCUCCGCUGAUGUACCCCAGCCCCUCCAGCACCAUGUCUCCUUCCCUCAACGCCCGCUGCUCCGUGGAGCUGCCCCGGCUGACCGACCUGACUGGCACCAUCAGCCUGAACGAGAGCCUCGGGGAGAGCAUGCUGGAGGACCUGCAGGACGGCUACACCAUGAGCCCUUCGCAGCAGCUCCCCCCGGCCGCCCUGCGGCAGCGGAGCUCCAGUUUCACCUUCAACUCCAAGUGCUCCACCAUGGGGGCUGCCACCAACACCUACUGCGGGACUAUCUACAGCCAGCCGGCCAUGAGCCUCAUGCGCCGCCUGCCCAUGCAGACCAUCCAGGAGAACAAGCAAGCCACCUUCUCGCCCGUCAGCUCCUACAGGAACGCCUCGCUGCAGGACCUGCUCUCCUCCAUCUCCUACGCGCACAAGGAGAGCAUGGUCCCGGGGGACCUGCCCCUGCCGCAGGCCAGCCCCAUGGUGCCGGCCCGUGGCCACAGACACAACCCGCUGCUGUGCGGGAGCGGGGAGCAGGGUUUGUCCUCCUACCCGUCCCACUCGGGGUCUCUCAUGAAGAGCAACGCUUUGUACCACCCGUCACCAGCCGGUCACCACCCUGCGGUCAACACCAGUGCCUUAGCUAAUCCUGUCAGCCUUAUGAGCUUGCCCAGUGACACGUGCAGCAUGACAGCCAUGCCGCACCACGGGCAUCUGCAUUCCUACGCUAAUAACCAAGGGGCACACAUGAGCUUGCUGGAUUCGCUGCAGGGCCCCUACCCGGGGGCUGUCCACCCCCCCGUGUUGGGCCAAGACAGGUUCCCAGCAGACCUGGACCUGGACAUGUUCAACGGGAGCCUGGAGUGCGACGUGGAGUCGAUCAUCCUGAAUGACUUUAUGGACAGCGAUGAGAUGGACUUCAACUUUGACUCGGCUCUCCCACCGCAGAACGGGCUCAACGUGCCCGUGCUGCCCGGGGGUCCGCAGCCCACGAACCAGAGCUGGGUGCCCGGGUGAUGCCUGCCCCGGGGUGGGGGGCUCGCCACUGAGAAGCCACGAGGGGAACAUUGAGACUAAUCUUUUUUUUUUCCUUUCUCUUCUGCCUUUAUUUGUUAAGAUGGGCUAGAGCCAUCGGUCUGAGCUUGAGGUCGAACACAAAACACAAACCGUAGGGUCAAAUACUGAGACGGGGUAGGGCCCUCAGCCCCCAGCCCACACGUGUGCCCAAUCUGCUGGGUCCUCCCGUGAGCAUCCUCUGGAGGACACAGGGCAGGCAGUCGGGAGAGGCAGCCGGAGCCAGGGGGGUCCGGGGGAGGGGAAGCAGGAAGGGAAAGCCUUUCCAGACGGUCCCAGUGCCCUGGUGCGAUGGUGCCGUUUUGAUUUGUCCUUGGGCUGGGUGACAGAGUGGUGAUGGCUGGUGGCAUGGGAACCCCCUGCAUGGGCAUCCCUCUCUGGAAAGGGACCCUUUUCUCUGAGCCACCUCGGGAAAUGAGUCCUCUGAGUAGAAGCGUCAAGAGUGGGGACCCUGCCCCAGGGCAAGGCGGGGCUCGUCACCCCUAAAUCCUGGUGGAGAUCUGAGCUCUGCCAAGCCCACACGCCCGAGCCACCUCCACUGCGGGUCUCCUUACGUGGCUCCAGGCAGGUUUUCUUACCAAGCAGUGAGAAGAGGGGGUUGGUGAUGGAGGGAGGGGUAUGCAAUCUGCAGCCCUGGGGACGGCACCUCGGCAGCCCACGCACCCACUGGUGGCUGGGGGUGCCACGGUCACUCCUGCCCGCAGGAAAGCUGCAGUACCCUGCCCAGAGCAGGCGUGGGCACGCUCCUGCGCGUGGUUCACAGUGCUGCACGGGGUGGUGCUGCUGGGAGUGACGUGCUGCUGGCCUGGGUUCCCUGUGCCAGGGGCUCAGGGGGAGCUCAAAGGGUCGGGGGGGGGGUGUAUUUAUUCAAUUUCAUGCACUCUUUUGCUAUUGAGUUUUUGCAUCGGAAGGAAGAAAGGGUCGAGCUUAGGGAGAGGAGGAGAGAGGCUGUGGGCAAUGCUGACAGCUGCCCAUCACACGUCUCAUCUUGGCUUGGCCACGGCUUUGGGUGUUGGAUGACAGGGUGGAAGCUGGGGGGCUGUGACAUGGGUCAUCCUCGCAAAGGGGGGGGGUGUGUGUGAGGAGGGGAGGGAUGCUGUGGCCAGGUCUCCAGAGGCAGCGUGGGGUCCACCCUGCCCCAAACCUGGGUGACCCACGCUGCUUUCCCUGCGUGCAGAGCUCAGGGAGGUGCCACAGGGCUCACAGCUGGGGCUGUGGGGCUCCUGGGGGGGUCAUUACUGGUUACAGGAGUGACUCUAGCCAGCAGCCAGCAUGUCUGUCCUGGAGGGCUCGCUGCCCAUGCCUGGGAUGCCAGGAGAGCUGGUCCAGGGGGCUGUCAGCAAGAGGGGUCAGCCCUGGUGCACCUAUCUGCCAAGGGCCAGUGCUCCAUGGGGAUGGGGACCACGAUUCACACGUGGUCCUGCUAUGUGUCAGGACCCCAAACUGGCCCCACUGCUCUGCGGGGCAGGAGUGGGCCAGGGUCCCACUGCCAUCCUGCACAGCUGGGGCGAGGGCUCCCCGCUGCAGGGCAGCUCAGCCCUUGGUGCAACGGGGUUUUUGGAGUGGGGCAGCCAGGCAGGCUGAUGGGCAGCGGGAGCGGCUGGUCCAGAGACGUUGGAACUGGGAGGAGAGGCUGUGGGAGCUGCUGCUCUGUCCCACGGGGCGCUCUGCACAGCCCGUCUUCCUCCUGGGCACCACAGGCUUUCUCUAAACCCCCUAGCCCUGGGUUGCAGCAAGGGUCAGUCCACUGAACCAGCACGUUUUCCCAGUCCAGCUCUUCCCUUCUCGCUCCAGCACCACCUCCUCUACCACGGUGCAGGUGCUGGGUCCCACCGAGCCAUAAGGGAAGCGCGGCUGCUCGGAGCCGGGGCAGGGUGGGACCCGGGGGUGGGCACCUCCUGCUCCGCUCCUGACCCACGUCUCUGUGGCAAAUCAUGACAGAGGAGCCCCAUGUGCCACCGUUCACCUUCACCCUGGGCACACGGCGGGCAUAGUCUCUAAAGACAUUCUUACAAGUUAAUUAAUUAUGUUUACAUUAUUUGAUCAUGUACAGAAUUUAAUAUAUUCUAUUAUAUAUAAUCUUUCUUGAAUGCUUUUUUAAAAAGGAUUAUUCUUUGGUCAGGAUCAUUACCGCAUUCGUUUUAUACACCACCUCUCGUUUCAGGCAUAUUUAAAAUAAUUGGAAACCAAUUGCAAAUGGCUAUUUAAUACCCAGCACCCCAGCUCUGCACUUGGGGUGUGCAGGACUGCUAGCGAGGAGAGGCAGGGAGGGCAGCUGGGGCUGCCAUGGGAGAAAAGGGGGGGCUCUGCCCCCCAAGCAUGGGAGAGAGGGAAGGGGUCCUGGCUCUUCAAGGCAUCCGAUCUCCAGGCACACAUCCAGCAGCACACCAGCACGCCGAGCAGCGCGGCCAGCUGGGGCUCACCCCGGCAGUCGGGCAUUUGCAGAUGGGAUGCUCAGGCACAGGGACCCUCCCAAAACCCCUUCGGUGUCACAGAUAUGGGCCGACCAUCGUCACGGAGGGGAAACCGCACCAGCAGUAGGAGAAAAGACCCCCCGACUUGUCCCGGUCCUGCCCCGCUCCCCCGCCCCCGCUCGCCUCCCCCUGCCCCUCUGCGUGGUGCCCCCGGGCAUCCACCCCCGGGGCACGUCCCAUUGCGAAGCUGUCUUUGUGGUUCGUGACCGUGGGGUUGUCGUGUGUGCGGUGGAGUCGUGUUGGUAAGCGUCGUGUGUACAGUCGUCGUGCGGUGCGAGGGACGGCGGGCAGUGGGAGGCAGGCACAGAGACCCCCCCUAAAGUGGCUGGGACCCCGGGGAAGGGGGGUGGCUGGAGGGGGAGGCGAAACGGGCUGGCCCCGCCGCGGCGGAGGGGAGCGGAGCCAAGGGACCUGGGGAUGCUAGGACCACGGUGCCCGGGUGGGGUGGUGGUGAUGGGACAGGGGUUUUGGGGCUGUGCUUCGUGCCCGUGGGGCAGGCAGGUCCUGGGGGGUGGCUGGCACGGCUGUGACCCCUGCGGCUCCUACCGCCCCGCUGCCGGCACCGCUGCGAGUGCGGGGAGGGGGAAACCAGGGCUUUAUUUCACUGUCCGGCCAUGGCCGAGGCUCCGGGUUCCCACCCUGGAAACAACUCCCCGAGCACAGGUCACCUCGCAUCCCACCUCGCUCGGCUUCAGCCUCCCCGCUCCAUCACUCCGUCUCCCUCCCGGCCCCCCCCCCGCCCCACAGGACAGCCUUUGGGGACAAGGAGCAUCCUCUGCUCCCAGCCCCGCUCCCGCCCAGCCCCAGCCCUGCCCGGAGCGAGGAGCCGGCGUUGAGGGGACGCCGAAGGGGCCCCACUGGUUUGCUUCAUACGGCGGUUUUCGGUCCGUCCUUUCCCUCAUAUUUAUAACUGUACAGACUGGGGGGGAGGGUCUCUGACAGGUGUCAUCUCUCACCACGCAUCUAUCGUAGGCAAUGGUAACUUUCUUGAUCGUGCUAUUAGAGUUUGUGUAUGUGGCAAUGUAAAGAACUGUGUAUAGUGCAUUGUACAGCAUAUUUUCAUGAAUAAAAUUGUUUUAAAUAUUACAA